AUGGAAGAGAAGACAGGACAAACUCAAAGAACAACCCAAUCUUCAUCGUCAGUGUCUUCACAUGAUGAUGAUACAUCUCAAUCAGAACAUAUUCCUCUGGAUUUAACCAUUGAGAUACUCUCGAGACUUCCUGCCAAAUCGGUUGGGAGAUUUCGCUCUCUCGUGAUUUGGAACCCUAAGCUGAAACGCUCCUUCGUUUUACCUGAACCUGAAGACACCCAAAAAGGUGAAUACAAGGCUGGAUCUAUUCUGGGAUAUGAUCAGAUUGAUGCGAAAUACAUAGUACUACGUGUUAUUGGAGACUCCAAGAUUUGGAUUCUUACAUUCGGAGCUCUAACACAAGGAUCAUGUAGAAUAGUAACCAACGGUUUUCCUAAGCACCGGCAUACUAUAGGUGGUGGAUGCAUUAAUAAUGGAGUCAUAUAUUAUAGUGCCCUUGUUGAUGUUGGUGUUGGCAUUGAGAAAUGUUGUAUAAUGAGUUUUGAUAUCAGCUCUGAAAAGUUUAAUGAGAUCAAAUAUCCGGAGAGUUGUUCUCUUAUGAAUUCUCGUAUGAUACCGUAUGACGGAACAUUAGCCUUAGAUGGAGAUAGACACGAAUGGACACAUAAACGAGUUGUUUUGCCUCUUUCUAAAAUGGACCUAAUACAGAAGAAAAAGCCAGGCUUCAAAGGUGUUAGUAAUGCUGGAGAAACAGUGUUAGAGAAGUCUUGUUUGAAGGAACUGUGGGUGAUGAAUUUGGACUUGUUAAGGACGACAAGUCCCUACAUCGAAGAGAACGGCGAAAAGCACUCACCAUUGGACUCGGUGAGCGAACUCGGUAGCCUACUCGAUCGGUUACUCGAGUAUCUGAUCGGAUGGUUGAUCGGGUUGAGCAUCGGGUUGGAGAGGCUAAACGUCCAUCCAGCGGUUGGGAAUGUGGAACGUUUCCUCUCCCUUGAUAAUCUCGAGCUUCGACGGCAUCACCUCCGGUUGUAG